AUGAGCGGGGUUGGAGAAUCUCGAUCAGAAUUACUAGGCUGGCUGAACGAACUGCUCCGAUUGAACUACGCUAAGAUUGAGCAAUGUGGCACCGGUGCUGCGUAUUGCCAGAUUAUGGACUCCAUCUAUGGAGAUGUGCCAAUGCAUCGUGUGAAAUUCAACGCAAGUGCAGAGUACGAGUUUCUCACCAAUUUCAAGAUUUUGCAGAGUUGUUUCACAAAACAUAGGCUCGAAAAAACAAUCUUGGUUGAGAAGUUAGUGAAAUGCAGAUUCCAGGACAAUUUGGAGUUUUUGCAAUGGCUAAAGAAGUUCUGGACCCAAACUAAAGACGAGAGUGCUUACGAUGCCGAGUCUAGACGCAAAUACCGGGCUCCGACGGUACCUACAACAAACUCUAAUAUAUCAGGGUCAAACUCCACAUCAGGGACUAUUGGCGGCUCGAAUUCUGCCCCUACAAGCGUCGUGAAGAGGCGAGCCAAUGGUCCGCUACGAAGCUCAUUAACUGGAUCUAUCCGUUCUUCUGCUCCGUCAGCAAUACGUAAAUCUUCGAACGAGCAGCUAAUGAGUGUUCAAACUAAAUUAUCUCAAACACAGCUAAAUCUUGAGACUUUGCAAAAAGAAGUUACGCAAUAUCGGGAAGCGAUGUGUAUAAUGGAGCGCGAACGCGAUUUUUACUUCGGCAAACUUAGAGAUAUUGAGAUUUUGUCGCAAUCAACCAAGGAUCUCUGCAAAGAAGGUAUCUAUUCAAGUGAUCCAAACGAGCUGGUUCGUUUCUUGGACAAGAUACAGCAAAUUCUAUAUGCCACAGAAGAAGGCUUUGAGGUGGCAGAAGACGAGACUAAACCCAAUCGUGAAAAUGAUGCUACGAUUAGGAAGAGUGCUGGUACACCAGACUUAAUAGACACCAAGCACCAACCUGCACAUAAUCUAAUCACUGAUGAGGAAACGUUUUGA